CUCGCGGCUUUGGUGACUUCGUGGUUGAUGGUGAAGACAUUUUUCUCCGCUAAAUGGCUUCAAGAUUCUUUGUUUUUUAGGACAAGCUAAAAUAUAAUUCAAGUUUUGGUUUUUUCUAUUCCGUGGUUAUAGACGUUUUAUUCAAAUAUUGGCUAGAAAAUCCAGGAUACAAGAUUCGACCACAAGAUCUGUAAAACACGCCAUGUCUGAGCCUGGCGGUAAAAAUUCAAUCGAGCAACAGCCUUUAGAGCUCGAUGAUAAUGAAGUGAUUCUAAAAUCCGCUAAGACAAAACGUUGCUCCUAUUUUUACAACCAGAAAAAAUACCUGAUUGUGUUGUUAAUAAUACUGUUUACUUUGGCCGGGUUUUUGUUUGGUUAUUUUAUUCACAAACAUAAAACUUCGAGUUUCUCCAAGCGUUCAACACCAUUCAAGGACUACAGUGAUAUGGUUGAUCCUAAGAAACUAGAGGAAUACCUAAGGGAUUUUUCUGAAAGUCCGCACGUUGCAGGAUCUAAAAAGCAGUUAGAGCUAGCUCAGCGCAUUUCCGAGUUAUGGAAGAGCUAUGGCUUCGACGAAGUCGAAAUGCCAGAAUAUAGCGUUCUUCUGUCACGUCCACAACAAGACAAACCCAACACUGUGUCCCUUAUAGAAGAUGGAAAAGUUGUGCACAAGAUUGUAGGCAAAAUCAACGUAACGUCAGAUCCAAGUGGAGGCAAAGUCUUUCAAUAUGUGCCAUUUUUGGCAUAUGCUUCAAAUGGAACCGCAGAAGGAGAACUCGUCUACGCAAAUCUCGGAACGGAAAGAGAUUUCAAACUUCUCCAGGCCAGAAAUAUUUCCAUCAAAGGAAAAAUAGUUAUAUUUAGAAACAUCCAUGGAAGGGUCAACGAUGCCGCAAAGCUCGGCGCAAAGGGUGCUUUACUAUACCCGGAUCCAAUCGAACACAGUAGCGAAGGGCAAUCAGAGGAGGACACGUACCCUAAUACCGUCUGGAGUUCCCCUGAGGCCAUCUUCGAGAAACCUCUACGAUAUAUGUACGGCGAUCCCCUGACGCCUGAUCUGCCGUCCAUCCCAGGAAUGUACCGAAGACCAUUGAAUAAGACAGGCUUACCGAGUAUUCCAUCACAACCUAUAUCGUACAAAGAUGCUAUGUAUCUUUUAAGCAGAUUGAACGGAAGCGAAGUGCCAGAAGAAUGGAGAGGUACUCUCAACCUUACCUACCGAUUUGGUCCAGGUUUUAAAACAACAAAUACAACAGUACGUAUCCAAGUCUACAACAAAGUCGAAAGAAUGUCUAUUUAUAACGCUAUAGGAACCAUACGGGGUCGAGAGGAACCAGAUAGAAUAGUUUUCAUAGGGAACCAUCGCGACGGGUUUUUCUUUGGUGCUGUAGAUCCUUCUAGUGGUACUGCAACGCUUAUGGAAAUGUCUCGUGUGUUUGGAAAGCUACUGAAGGCUGGCUGGAGACCAAGGAGGACAAUCAAGUUUUGCAGUUGGGCUGCAGAAGAGUUUGGACUUGUAGGAUCAGUGGAGUUUGUUCAACAGAAUUCAAAGCUUCUAAGUGAUAGAGCAGUUGCGUAUUUAAACACCGAUGUAGCAGUGGGUGGCAAAUUUGUUCUCGUUACCCAAACCUGUCCGCUUUUGACCGAUUUUAUUUUUUCUUGGGCGAAGAAAAUUAGAGAUCCAAAUGCUCAUGGCGACAAGACCUCGAUGUACGACAUCAUGGUAGAGAGGUUACCUUCCAAGAAGAACCCCUCAGAGCCUGAAGCCGUAAACUUUGAAUACAUGAGUGAUUAUUAUCCGUUUUACAAGACCAUAGGAGUUUCGUCCGCCGACUUUAGCUACUUUUUUGGUCACAAGAAGAAAAUGAGACUCUAUCCCGUUUACCACACCCAGGAGGACACUUUCUAUUGGGUCAAAAAGUUUGUCGAUCCUGAAUUUAAGUUCCACGAGGCGAUGGCAAAGUUUCAGGGUGGAAUGCUGUUAGAUUUGGCAGACUCUCCUAUCCUCCCCUUUGGUCUAACGAGACUGGCAAACGCCUUAAAAGCUACGAUGGAAUCAGCGUCCUACAAAAAGUAUUUGGAAAACAAUCUACGAACAGAUCACAUCGUUAGAGCUAUUUACAAGUUUGGAAAUGCUUCUGCUAAGUUUGUUGAAGCCAAAGAGAAGUUAACGGGCAGGGAGGAUCCUCUGGUGUUGCGCAGGUUCAAUGAUCAAAUGAUGGAGGUCGAACGAGCGUUCAUUCGUUUGACGAAGUACCCGUAUAAGAAUCCUAUCAACAAUCACGUGUUGAAUGGAGACAUGUAUAUAGGCGCUUUCUUCACAUUCAUAUCUGGAAAGGGCAAAAACUUGGGAGACGUCGAAAAGCAGUUAUCAAUCGUUGCGAUGGCUAUUUCUUCAGCGGCAGACAUCAUUACUCCAUUACCAAGUUCGUGUCAGGGAUUGUACCCUUUCGUCAUGGUUCAUUUUUCUUGCUUUAUGCUUUUGUUCUUUCAUGUACAGCUUUGAAAAAAGCAUAAAGUUACCUUACUCAAGUUAUUUAUCGCAGCUUUCAUAGACCCCUUGCAAUAAAUCCCUGCCUGGGGAUCGAUGAAAGAAAGGAAAAAUAUUAACAUUUGGGGAUAUAGAUUGUUUUUAAAUUAUACAGCUGUGUUUCUUAAUUACAGACUCAGUUACUCCGGCGUAGUCUCUUUUCAGUGUACAGAUAUUCAUAAAUACCAACAGUAAAGUAAAGAAUGUACAACUUCAACAAUACAAACAGUAAAAUUCCAUGGACUUUAACUGGAACACAUGAAUAUUCAAACUAACUUCAUACGAAGUCGUGGCUAACCCUGUGAAACAGAUAAUUCAAAACUGGAGUGUCAUUAGUGCAAGGGGUCUAUUCUUUUGUUCUAUUCUAAUUCACCAUUUGCCUUGGUCAUAGGAGGGUCAUUUAUAAGACGCAUCGCUUCAUCUGAAAGCACUGAAAGCAGUAAAUAGGUUUAGCAACCUAUAGCUAUCUAUCUUAUACGUGACGUACUAUCCCAAGGCGAGUAAAGAUAUCAAAUUUCAGUGGCCUAUUGAUUCUAAGAUGCAGCAGGACUUACUCGAUUAGAUUAGAUUAAAUUAGAUUAAAUUAGAUUAAAUUAGAUUAAAUUAGAUUUGUUGUAAGGUUUGAUUUAGCAUCAUAGGUAUUGUUAGCGUAAUAAAUGUACUUGUUUUAUUUAUAAAA